AUGACCUACCCCGAGCAAUUUCAAGGCUUUGCCAUCAGCGACCCCAAAGACUGGGCCACGCCCAAGCUCACCAGCUUCCAGCCCAAGAACUUCGGUCCUCGCGACGUGGACAUCGAGGUUGAAUGCUGCGGCAUCUGCGCCUCAGAGCUCUUCGCGCUCAAGAACGACUGGACGCACGAGCCGCUUGCAUGCCUCAGCUCCAAGUACGGUCCCAAGACGCAAGUCGUCGGCCACGAGGUCGUCGGCAAAGUCGUCGCCGUGGGCCCCGAAGUUAGCCUUUGUAAGGUCGGCGACAGGGUCGGUCUCGGCGCGCAAGCCUCCGCGUGCAUGCAGUGCAGCCGCUGCCAGUCCAGCAAUGAGCAGUACUGCGCUCAGUCCAUCGGCACCUACUGCAACCCAUACCCUGAUGGUUAUGUGUCGCAGGGUGGCUACGCUUCGCACGUCAGGGCGCACGAGCAGUUCUGCUUCCCUAUCCCACCAGAGAUCCCAUCAGAGCUCGUCGCUCCCCUGCAGUGCGGCGGCCUGACCGUCUUCUCGCCAAUCAAGCGCAACAUCCAGGGCAAGAAGAACCCCCGCGUCGCCAUCAUCGGGAUUGGCGGCCUUGGCCACAUGGCCAUCAUGAUCUCCAAGGCCCUGGGCGCAGAGGUCUCCGCCGUGUCUCGUGGUUACUCCAAGCGUGACGACGCGCUGAAAAUGGGCGCAGACCACUUCAUCGCCACCAGCGAGCCAAACUGGAACGCGGGGCUGGACGAUACUUUCGACCUGAUUCUGAACUGUGCGUCGUCUACCUCUUCCCUCGACCUUAACGCGCUGCUCCCUUGCCUGAAGGUCAACUGCAACUUUGUCUCGGUUGGUCUUCCUCACAUCGACGAGGACUUUAAGGUUAAGCCAUUCAGUUUCUUCCACAACGGUUGCAAUAUCGGCUCUUCCAAGCUGGGUUCCAGAGAGGAAGCCAUCGAACUCAUGCAAUUGGCCGUAAAGCACAACUUUAGGCCAUGGGUUGAGACUAUAAAGGUGUCUGAGGCCGGCGUUUCCGAGGGUCUCACUAGACUAGACAAGGGUGAUGUCAGAUACAGAUUCACUUUGACCGGCUUUCACGAUUUCUUUGGCACCGGCAAACAGUAA